UCACAGAGAAGAGGUAGAAAGCAAGAAAGGCUACCAACUUCUGAAAGGAUGCCUAAAAGAAAUAUAAGGGGCCAAAGAACAACAAUGGCUUUAACAGUACAACAACCAAUAUCUUUAAGUCAUUCAGAACCUAUUGUAAUAGGUAAAAAUGAUUCUCAAGAAGAAACAUCAGGGUCAUGUGCUCAA